AUGGCAAGGCCAACCGUUAUCUCUAUUCUACCUCUCACUACUCUGCAAUGCAUUGCCGACGACACUAACUUGCCAGAAAUUUCUCAAGACCCUGAAGGUUAUAACGACUUAGCGCUCGGAGAUGCUGGCUAUCAUGCAUUGCCUCGACGACAACUUCUGCCCCGGAACUCCUACGAACGCCACAAAGGACUAUCAGACGACAAUACGUAUGAUGAGGACGAUCUAAAAGCCGCGCAAACCUCCCUGGAUGACGAGGAUAAGCACCUGCUCCUCGGCAAUCAUCCAUGUUCGCUUACCCUACUUCUGUGCAGCAACUAUUGUGCGCUCAGAGACAGUGAGCUCAUCUGUUCACCUACUCCGGGCGCCGGUGGCCAGAAGUCUUGGGUCUGCGCGGGCGCCCUUCAGGCCUUUAUAUACCCUACAAGCUAG